AUGGGGUAAGAGACGAUGAUAUCAGAGCUUUCACGCUCUUCGAUUUUUCAGCGAUUCAAAAGAAACCGAUAAAAAUCUCAGCGGACAGUCCAAUCUUCCGGUGGCCGAUCUUGAGCCAAUGAAGGAGAAAAAGCUUGAGGAAGGAAGCAAAGAGGAGGUGAAGAAAGAGGAAGAGAAGAAGGAUUUCGGGAGAAAAGAGGAUGAGAAAAAGCUGGAGGGUAUGAAGAAGGGCGAAGAGAGCAAGUCGGAAGAAUCUAAGAAAAAGGAAAAGUCGUCAUCUUCAAAGAAAAAGACGAAGACGGCGAAAAGCAAGAGCAAGAGCACCAAAUCGGCUCGCCAGCGUCUUUCGAUUCGUCGUACUUUACGUGAGGAUCCUGCUAAAGACAUGAAGGUAGCGAACGAGGUGGUUUCUUGAUUGAUUUAAAAUGUUAUUGUAGGCUACUCUCUUGACGUUCCAAGCGGUUCGUAAUAAGCUCGAUCAGGCUCGUGUUCAACUGCUUCUGUGCAAUAUUUCUGACCGUGACAUUUUUGUCAAAUUGCGUUGCAAUUCGAAUUCGAACGUGACAGCGCUCCCAGCUAGCUCCGGGCACAUUGCACCAAAAUCCCAGAUGCGCAUUCUGCUGAACUGGAAGAUGCCGGAUGGAGUAGGUCAAUGGAGCGAACUGCCGAUGCCUAAGAUCCUGUUGACCACCUAUUUUAUGGGAGAGAAGACGAACGACGAGGCUCCCACAAACACCCGUCUUAUGGCUCGCGUGAGCACGUCGAAGCAAUGCGAUCCAGAUAACUCGCCUAUCGAGCAGCUCCUUUUAGAUGCGGUUGGAAAGGAUACUGCUGUCACUGGGUUAGUUAUCGAAAAAAUAAUAGUGAGGGUAUGCGCAAUUCAGAGCCACACCAUCCACUCCGAACACAGCCGUCCCGCCUACCUUGACCCCGAUAGAGCCAACCCCCGAGAAGAAAGUCCCGAAAAAAGAAGAGAAAGAUGAGGAUGAUGAAGUGGACAACUUGAGAUGGAUUAUUAUUGCACUUGUCAUGGUCAUCGUUUUGCUUUUGCUUCAGAAAUAA